GUGUCAAUUUGUCAUAACAAAAAUUUAGAUUUUAUCGUAUUUAAGUAUUUUGCCUGCUUCAUGAGUAAAUUCUUUUAAGCACAAAAAUAACAACUAAUAAAUAAAAUUAAAAUGGGUGGAAAAGGUAAAGGUAUAAAACGUAAGGCUCAACCUAUUAAAGAUGACAACGAAUUUGAUUUCACAAAGAAGCAUUUGGUUACCAGUCACAUUCGAGCCAUGGAAAAACGCUUGAUUAUCGUACUCGAAGGUGCCCAGCUGGAAACUGUUAAGAUGGGAAGUGCAUUCGAGCUGCUUAACUGUGAUGACCAUGCAGGUAUAAUGAGGAAAAACAACCGUGAUCCCGGUUCCUGUCGCCCUGACAUUGUUCACCAAUGCUUGUUGAUGCUUUUCGAUUCGCCCCUUAAUCGAGCCGGCUUGCUUCAGGUCUAUAUUAAAACAGAACGCAAUGUCCUCAUCGAAAUUAAUCCCCAAACAAGAAUACCGCGAACAUUCAAACGCUUUGCCGGCCUCAUGGUACAGUUGCUUCAUAAAUUCUCGGUUCGUGCCAAUGACACGUCUGUGAAACUGAUGAAAGUGAUAAAGAAUCCGAUCACAGAUCAUCUGCCUGUAGGCUGUAAGAAGUUGGCCAUGUCAUUCUCUGGAAAGCUAGUUAAUUCAUGUAAGGAUUUGGUACCCACAGAGGAAGAUGAACCAAUCGUCUUGGUUGUUGGAGCAUUUGCUCAUGGAAAUCUUAAGAGUGACUAUACUGAAGGACUAUUUUCUAUAAGUAACUACCCUCUGUCUGCUGCAAUAGCUUGUACUAAACUGUGUACUGCGUUCGAAGAGGCUUGGGGUGUUUUGUAAAUAAAUGUAUUUCUAAAAAAUCUAGAAUAA